AUGGACGCCACCAUCAUCACAAGAGAUAUCAGAACCAUCGGUGGCUACUCCAAGCAGUACGAGGUACAAAAAGUCGUCAAGCGUUCCAACAACCGUCAUUUUGAUCUGGUCAUAAAGCACGUGGUGAUGCUCUCUGCCGGCAUAUACACUUGCAUAGAUGCUGGUGACAAUGAGCAGGGUCAGGCCUCGCUCACGAUUAUAACGGUGCCCAGGUGUUUUCAGAUGCCCAAGUUGUUUCAGUGUAAUUAUUUGAUCGGUGGUGUUUAUGAUCUAAGAACUAAGUGGGCAUGUAAGCAUGAUCACGAUAAAGUUGAGGAGAAGAAUGAAUCACCCAUGAAAAUUUCUUGGAUCAGUUUGCAUGGGAGGAGUUCCAUCACAGUUUUCAACGUCAGCACCAGCGCUAAAUAUGCAAAGCAAAUAAACUUCUGCAAUCUGACGAUCAGCUCCAAAAAAGAAAAACUUAAAUACGCCGGAUCUUUUGAUUCGGUGGAUGAGGGGAAGAAAUAUCCCGAUUUUUUUCACCUACUACAUCCCAUUCAAAAAGUUGAACUGAACAUCACCGACAGCUUCAACCUCCUCGUCAACCAGACGAUCCACUGUCAGACGGACAGCCCCAUAAGGGUAAAGUAUGAAAUCAGAAUAAAGCAAUCUGGACAAAGACCUGUUGUAAUUUCUUCCAACAAAACUUCCAUCUCAACUCCAGGCGUGUACGAUAUUGUAUGUCAAGCCAAAAAUUCUUUGAACACUGAUUGGUUGACGCAUUCGGUCACAGGGGUCAAAGUUGUGGUUUUCCACAAUCGGACCAAGUGUAUUGACGAUUCCAAAGUUUGCACGAAAUCACUUACAAGCGUCUUUUUAUCUGGAAAGUUCAAAAUGUUGAACAAAGUUGAUCACAAAUUGUUCUGUUCUAAACAUUCAUUCAUUAUAAAAUGCGUGGAACACUUUCUGCCGUGUGACAGACCGCUCUGGAUGGUCAACUUGAUGAAGGCGUUUCAAUUCUAUUGUAAAGGUAAGUACAAAAGAGCGAAGAUGCUAGAAGUGUCCAUUGACGAGAAGUACCCGCAACUUCUUCCGAAAAAAUAUUUAGUAAGGAGAGAAUCACUGAGAGAGGAGACGUUGAAGCAGUUCAGAGCCGUCAAUACGGACAGUGGUUCAAACUUUGAGAACGAACUUGCCUUAGAAAUCGCUCAGACUUACUGCAGUAGGCUCAAAUUAACAGCUGACAUUUACUACAGGACGAGCACCGUCAAUUUAACAGAAACUAUAAGAGCUUCAAGUUGGACUUACACGUUUUAUUCAACUUUCUACGGUCUCGACGUUAAUAAUUUUGAUCAUCUCAGCAAUCUGCACUCUGACAAAAUCAUCAACCUGACGGACUGCAGUUCAUUCAAACAUCAGUCCAAAGCCACCGACCUCUGCAACCUCAUCAAACGUUGCGGUCCAAUGCACACUGUCAUGCUCUCCAUCUACCUCUACGGUUACAUCUACAUCAGAGACCUGAAGGAGUUUAUAAAGAAGUCAUGUUUCAUGAACGAGUAUCAGGUAGAUGAAUGUUACAACAACCUCCUACAACACUGCGAUAGUUUCAUCAAAGAUCUGACCAGUUCUUUUAAAAUUUUAAGAGCCAGGUUAUGCGACAGCAGCCUCUUUAAAAUUUACAAGCGACACCACGACAAAUGCUACACGGACGUUACAAAAAUCGCGAGAAACCGGUGGAUGAGGAGAGUUAGAGCAAAGGAGAGGCCAACAGUUCGAUUCCAUCUCGAAAUUCCGCUAUUAAGAUGUGUUUCAAGAUUUAGGCGUAAAGCAGAGUACGUAAACCUAAUGCUGAACAUUAGCAAAACGGAGAGACACACUUUGAUUUGCAUGAGGGUAAAGCAAUUCCUUGACUGCAUUGAAAUUUUUUUUGAGAAGAUUAAUGUAAUUAGCAGAAGAAAAGUUAGUUGUUUCAAAACUUCUGGAAAAUUUCAAAGAUAUCUUGCUAGACUCGCCAUGUCAGAGGCUUUGGGAGGUUUCUACUGUCAAAAUACAUUUCAACACGCUACACUUGAAUUUUUCCAAGAUGAUGAUACAAGCGGAAUUGUUCCAAGUGUUUCAUUUCGCAUGAAAAUUAUAUUUCUUCUACCUUGUUUCGUUUUUGUAUUUUAA